AUGGCUUGUUCAGAUGCAUAUAAGGUCAUGUUUGGUACUCAUAUGUCGGCUAAGGAAGUGGAAUAUUGGUGGAAUAAUACUCGUCAAAGGCUUAAAGUUGCAAGUACUGAGAUCACUUGGCAGAAUAUCAAAAGUGUGUUCCUUAAGAAGUACUUUCCUGAUGAUGUUCGUAUCAAGAUGGAGAACGAGUUCCUUGAGCUAAAACAAGGAAACAUGAUUGUUGUUGACUAUGUCGUGAAGUUUGAGGAGUUGUCUAGGUUCUUCUCUCAUUACAAUGGGGUAGGAGCUAAUGGUUAUAAGUGUAUCAAGUUUGAGAGUGUAUUGCGUCAGGAGAUCAAGCAAUUCAUCAGGUAUCAGGAAAUCCUCCAAUUUUAUAUGUUGGUUAUUAAGUGUAAGAUCUACAAUAAGGAUAGUUGUGCUAGAUAUGGCCACUAUAAGAGCGUUAGUGAGAAGAGGAGUGGAAGUCAAAAUUGUGGAAAACCUUAUGAGGCUCCAACUGAUAAAGGGAAGUGGAAGGCUUCAGGGGGAAAGAGACAAGUAGGGGAGGAAAUUAUGUUCCUCUGA